UUUGAACUGCACAAAAGCUCGCAUACAUCUUUUCACGCAAAAUUUUUCUGGCUUUUCUAUCCAUUCUCAAAAUAAUUGUGGACAUUUUUAAAACUUUCAUGCUUCCAAAGUUCUACAAAAAUUUAAAAUUAUUGCAAAUGUGCCAUUAAGUCUUACAGCUGCAAAUUAAUGCAAAUAAAAAAUAAAAUGCAUUGAGUCUUUUGCAUUUUCAAUCAGAAUCAAAAUCAUGAGAGACAAUCAUGAUAACAUGGACGAUGGUGGUCUUCAGGACUUGGGACGUCUACCUGUUCCUGUUCAGACCUUCCUGUGGCGUCAAAUUGCACCGUUUGUGAGACCAAAAUUAGGAAAAUUACACGAGGCAAAUUGUAUGUUUUGUCAACAUACGCAAGGACAUCAUGAACUGAAAGAAGCUUGCAAAUCAUUCGAGAAAGUCCUCGUCCAAAACAUUCACUUUGGCUUAUCACCUUCAUUGACAUCAGCUAUUCAAUCAAUUCCACGAUGGAGACUUGUACAAGCUGCAUUGCCUCAUGUCAUGCAUUGCGCUGCAGCUUUGCUAACAAAUCGAGUAAAAGACUUGCAAAAUCUCGGAGCAGCUGAGACUAAAUUGUUGUAUACGUUGCAUUGGAUAUUGCUGUUUGCAGCUGAUGAAUGCGCUGACAAUGAGGAUGGAAAGAAAAUAUUGAAUACAUAUGAAUAUUUAUUCUCGAUUCCAACUAUAUCGCUUUUUGUCUACUUAUUCGCACCAAUUGCACAUCACUUAAAAGAAUCAGAUUUUCAAAAUUUUCGCCUGGAAAAUGGAAUUAAAUUAUGGCAGGGAAUGUGGGAAUAUCGAGCACCGAACAUUCAAUGUUUCAUUGCACCUGUAAAGCCACGAGCUCGUCAAUGUUUACAAUCAGCAUCGACAACAGCUCCUCAAUCAGAAGAAGUUUUUCCUGGAAAGAAUGCACAAGGACAACAGCACCAUGAUUCACUAACAAAUAUUUCCUAUUGUGAAACACCACAGCAUGACGAUGAGAUAUCUUUAGGUAUUGCAUCGCCAAAAGAACCAGUCUUCCCAGAAACAAUACCUGAAGAAGCAUCAAGCAUCGAAGAAGAACAUGUUUUACUUUUUCGAUUACCACAAGGACCAGAUCCAAUAUUUUAUACAGCAGAUGCGAGUUUACUUCAGCAUACACAUUAUCAGUUUAGUCGACGAAGUAGCAAAACCUCAGUAUUGUCAAAAGACAGAAUUUUUGACAAGAAUGCGACACGAUUUGAUUUUGAUAAAAUUGAAGCCUUCGAAAAGAAACAUGAUGAUAAGCCAAAAGGAAGCUCAUCAACUGAACGUGAAUCUGUCGAUACAGACAUCAAAUCACCACAAUAUCAAAAAUCAGAUCAGAAAAAUUUCGUACGACAUAGCUCAUAUGACAUUGCGGCUGCAACAUUCUUAGAUGUCGCUGUUUUGAGAUGUCUGUUUGUAUCACAUUGGCAGGAAGAAGGAAUCUAUUGGGGCUUACAUUACUUAUACAACAGACUUCGAGAGAUUAGUGAAGAGAGUACAGUGCCACCAGCACAGCCAAGACGCCGAUCAAAUUCUCUUCCUAUACCGCAAAUUGAAAUUUCUCUCUAUCAAGGCACUGGAAGCAGAGAUAGUCCGAGCAAUAGUUCUCUUACAACAAAAGAUUAUAUUGAAGUUCCAGAGCCUCCAAUUAGUGCUAUUCUCAAUGAUACACCAUUUCAACAGCAAAAAUCAUUUGAUAAACCAGAAGAUUCUGUGUCAACGAAUGGAAGUAGACGACCAAGUGAGAAAAAGAAGCGUGUUAAGAUGGCAGACUUGAGGACAUUGAUUGAGACCAAAAUUUUAUCUAAAUCCGAUCGUGGUUUAGAAAAGAUUGGAGAUGUAAAGAGACUAGAGCAUGGUGACAUUCAUCGAAGCUUGGAUACUGGAGAUGAGAAUUUAUCUCGCUCAACUGCAACAUUAACACGCGAUUCUUCAUCAAAUCUUGUUAAAGGGAAAUCCAUGCCAUCACUUAGUUGUCUACUUGAUAGUGGAUACUACAGAUUUGUAGAUCCACCCCAGCCAAAGUUGAACAGAAGUAAUCAAUCGACUGGCCAUAAAGAAUACAUGGCAUCAGCUAUUCCUAGAAAUCCGAUCAUUACUGUGACUGAGCAUACACCUACUCCAUCACCUGAUUUUAUGAGAAGACAGGGUUCAAUCGAAUCGCAACUUGAUGCUAUGAGUGUUAAUGGCAGCCAAACUGGUAUUUACAAAGCCCAAAUGCUGAGAUCACAAACUGAUUCACAUAUUGUGUAUGCUGGUCUGGAUGAAAAUGAAAUUCCUGGAUCUUCAUUUUACAUCACAAAAGAAGGUGGAAUAAACUAUGAAGUGGUUCUACUUGCUGUUUAUCAUGUCCUUAAACGAGAAUCGAAUACAACAUCAUUGAGGAUACUUGAGACUGGAUUGAAUAUUUGUGAACUGUUGAUUGAUUUUGGUGUCCUUAAGUUGGGAGAACAUUCGCAUAAUCUAACAAUUGGAAUAAUCAUACGCGCAUUAUUGCAUCUUGGAUGUCAAAAUGGAUGUAAUGAUGGUGUUCGAGGAGCACAAGCUGAAUUCUUGAGACUUCAAUGUAACUCCAAUUUAUCACGACUGUUAAAGCAGUCAUCUACAUUCUCGAAGAAAUAUCUAAGGAAUAUGGUUCGUGAUUCCUCCUUACAUGAGCUUAUUGAAUUUUUUCAUGCUUUCGUGGGAUUUUGUGUGGAUCCAAGUUCACUUUUAUCACCACUGAACCAUAAAAGAUCGACUGGAAUAAAAUCAUUGAACAUUCCUGAACAUGGCAUAAAAUCAGCUGGCGGUCAAGGAUAUGCAACAAACUUUGGAUCUGGCCUGACUGGAAAUGCUGAGAGUCAAAUUGUCGCUGCUAUCUUCAAGUCACUUGUUACGAGGUUUGUUGAGGCACAGAAGGAACUGAAGAGUCCUGAGAAUAUUGGCCUUUAUUGUGAUGUUCGACAGCUAAUCACUUACAUCAAAGGAGCUCAUGGCGGUCCAUUUAGAAGAGUCGCAUUAAGUGGAAUAUUAGCAGUAACUCCAAGACCUCAUAAAAAGGGUCCGCAAUUGACAACAACUCGAGUUAUUCGCCACAUUCCACAAACUGGAGAAGUUCAAACGAUUGCACCGAAUCCAAAUAUUCCACCAGAUGACAGAGCAGCAAGAAAAUUAUACUUCAAAAAGAGAAGCACUUCAUCUGCAUGCGCUAGCUUGUUAGAAACAGAUGGAGCUGAUGAUCAAGUUCGUCAGAGUCCCUUAGCAACAGUUAGACGAAAGAAUCAACGUCCAACGUUGACACCAAGACAAAGCGAACGAACAUUAUUAACUGAUUCACCAUGUUCCGAUCGACAAUCAUUCAGUCGCUUGAGUGGCUUAGCUCGAUGGUUCCGUGGAUCCAAGGAUAAUUCAAUUGACAUUGAAGCUGGUGGAACUGAAAUGUCAUCUUAUUUGAGAAAAAGCUCUGUUGGAUCUAAUAGAGGAAGAGGUUCUGAAGGAAUUGGACGGUCAUUCUUGCGAGCUAGGCGUAGAGUUGAAAGACGAUUGGGACGAAUGGGAAUCGGUAAAGGGAAGAAAAAAGUUGGUGGAAUAGAAGAAAUCUCUGGAAGCUAUUUCAGUCAUCGCAGUUCUGUUGAUUUGGGUGACGGUCCGAGAGAAUCUGAAGUUGUAAUAUUAAAAGAAAGGCGUUUAAUUCCUACUGAACCAGUACGUGAAGGAAUGAUGAGAUUCUCUUUCCUUCUUGAAAUUUGUGCUCCAGGCACAGUUCCUGAUCCCCAAUUAAUUGGUGCAAUAUUGGACUUACCACAAGCUCCAUUGAUUACCAGAGCUACAUUUCUCUUAGAAUGUGCUCAUUAUGUGCACUUGUGUAACCGAGGUCAGUGGCCAUCGUGGAUGAAACAAAAUUUGCCAUCAUUCAGACCAUCAGGUCCAAUACAGAAUCGAGCAAGUGUAUCAACAAGUAUUCGUCGUGUACAUCUCAUGCAAAGAGCUGCUGGAAAGACAUUCUAUCAAUGGGCCGAAUGCAUUGGAAUUCGGUUAGAAGAAAUGAUUAAAAGUGACAAGGCAAACCAUGAUUAUAUUCAAGCUUCCAUGUCAGAUCCUGAAAGACAGAAGCAAUUGAUUUUACAGGAUGAGGAAGAAGAUUUUCUUGAUGACAUGAGUGUUAACAUUCACGGAAAUGAUUGUCCAGCAGCAUUGAAACUUGUCGCUGCUGUUGUGUUAUUAGAAAUUACGGCAUUUCUACGUGAAACUUACCAAACAAUCCCAAAAUCAACUCGAAUGUCACACAAAGAAAAACAGCCUGUACAUCAUCCAUGGGAUCAUCACCAUCAAGUCUAUGAAAAAGCAAAUCGAAGAUGGUCUAUGGCAUUAAGUUCUAUGGGUCAUUCACAGACAUCAGCACAAAGUUUACAAAGCAUUGCUGGCGAAGGCGAACGAAAAAUAUCAUUUGUAUUGCAUGAACCUGACAAUGAGUCUGAAGGAAGUAGCAAUACAACGCUAACAUUACAGGGAGAAGAGAUGAUGAUGCCUUCAACAUUGUCACAAAGAAGACCAGUGGCUACAGUCAGACCAUUUUUAUUAAGACGAGGUACUGCAACAAAUACAGGAGGUUCAUUCAAGCGUAGGUCAUUAAAACUACGUAGAAACACAAAGGAAGGGAAAGAAAUUGAAAAUGAAUAUUCAAUGCAGUCAAGAAGAAAAGUGUCAUCAUUAUCAGAUCGCAGUGACAAUUCCGAGCAUGCAAGUGGCGGAGAAGAAGAAUCACCAGGAAUUUUAAGUGACGAUCAUGAACAGCCACCAGAUUCUCCAAAUGAGUCUAAUGAUUCCGAUGAGACAUCUAAAAACUUUCCAUGGAUGCGUUCAGUCAUUGCUAUAUUGAAUUCUUUCAAUUAUUACUGUUCACAUCAGUCAUUUUGUCAUCCAUACUGUUAUAAACGUCAUAUGAGAGCUGCAUCAAGAUUAAUUAAGUCUGUGAGAAAAAUUUAUGGAGAAGAGUUCGGUCUUGUUCCAUCAAGUUACUUGCAAACUGAAACAGUCAAGUCAUCGAAUGGUCGUCGUGAAAAAACUCGUGCAGGUCGUAAAAUUUCAGAUCAAAGUUCAUCACAUACUUCACCAUCACGUCGUAAAGACAGUACUAGUAGACGGGACAGGAUAAUUCAUGAUGACUCGGAACAGACAUCAUCACAAUAUUUACAAAAGAUGGAGGAAAAGAAGCAAAUUAAAGAAAAUUCAUUGAUUUUAAAAUAUGUUAAAAAUCACGUUCGCGACUUAUUUCAUGUUCCAUUCUCAGCACUGCUUAAAGGUGCUGUUAUAUUGACAGAAGAUCAAUUUGUUGAGGUUAUUCCUGUAGCAUGGGAACUCUUAUUAGAAACAAAUCAAGAAACAGCUGCGUCUGCAGCUGCAUUCUUUAUCCUUUCGUCGGUAAAAGCUCCAGCACAAGCAUCCGAAAUCAUGCAAAGAGCAUUAAAGCAUAAAGAUCCAACUGUAAGAAUAAAUGCUAUAUUAAGAUAUCAAAUAUUAUGGAAAUCCAGAUUUCAAGUAUGGCCAAGAAUGGAGGAAGGUGCUCAUGUCACUUUUAAAGUUCCACCGCCGGGCAUAGAAUUCACACUUCCAUCUCCAAAAAUUGGUAUUGAAUGCUUACCAGUUGUAGAUCCACCGUGGGCACCACGUCAACAAAAUAAAGAUAUGGAUGUUGAGGAACGUCACAGACAUUAUGUAUCAGCUGGAAAAUCUAGAAAGAAGCAACAAAGUGAUGCAAUUCGUCAUGCUAUGCAGAUUCAAGAAAAUAAGACACGACAGGAACGUCAUAGCUUCCUUAUUACAACAAUUCCCGUUGUUCAGCAAGCAGCACAUGAAAGACUUGAUCAUACACCAAGUGAUGAUCAUGUUGGCGAUAUAGAGGAAGAGGAUGGAGCACGAGCAGUUCAUCUACAUGCUGCACAUUCACUAUUUCCAUCUAUUUUAUGUUCAUCAGUUAUGCAAAUUGUUGGAUCACUCGAUGACUGUGCAAUUGGUGCUGAUGGAACUGCUGUUUAUGAAGUCGCUUAUCAAGUUAUUUGGGGAUGUCUUGUUGAAGACUCUGCAUUGUUUUUGAGAUUCGUUCUUGAACGAUUGACACGUGAAAAGCCUGACCAGCAGUUUAAGCUAUUACGUCAUUUGAUAAGAUUUGUUCCGAAGCUUCCACAACAAGCUGCAUUUGCACUUUAUAAUUACAUCAUUGGAUAUAUAAUGUUUUAUGUACGGACUACACAGGAAAAUAGUCAGAAACUUGUUGGAUCAGCUCUUUCAGUUUUAUGGAUGGUUGUACAUUCUGUCCAUGGAAUUAUGUUCAAAGAUUUAAAGCAAAUUUUACGUAAGGAACAAUGUGAUGCUUCCGUCUUGUUAACAGCAAAUGUACCAUCAGCUAAGAAAAUUAUCGUUCAUGGACCAGAUGAUAAUGAUGAAGGAAUUAUUCCAAGUCAAUUUCCAGUUUUGGAGGAUACACAGUUCUUAAUGUUGUUACGUGAAAGUCUUGAUUUCUUCGGAAUCGAUGAGAAACACUACAAUAAUUACUUCCUGAUUGACUAUAAGACACAUCAGAUGCUUAAUUCUAAUUGGUUCGUUCGUGACUUGUAUUUCUUCAAGCGUUCUCAAUAUCCACAACUUAGAAUGAUUGAAAUGAAAUCAGAUGAAGCCUUUAUUGCUCUGCAACGUCAAGAACUUAUUAAGAAAUUUGUUGAAAUUGGUAAAGUCCACUUGACUUGGGCAAUUUUAAAGAAUGUAGACAUGGUUGUGCAGCGUGUUGUGUUCUUGCAUGAAGAAUUAAUGAAGCUGCCUUCAUUCCCAAGAAAAGCACUUGAAAGUGACUUGGAUUUGUAUCAUGGCGGUGAUUAUGGAAAGGAACUUUUAGGCCUUGAUGUACUGCACAAAUUCAUGUGGGUACGAUUGAUUGCUAGGAUGUUUGAAGCUAUGGCUGGAAAUUUUGCAUAUUCUGCAGACAUUCAAUUAUUUUUAAAUGUACUUGGUGGUGCUGCUAUUUUGCAUUCUGAGGACUGUUGUAUCAUGCGAUAUGUCAUGGCAACAUUCAUCAAUGCUGCUUUUAAUUUUAAAAAUAUCUUCUCUACGAAUGGUUACUUUAUGAUAAUGCCUACAUUACUGCAAAUCUAUUCCUUACAUCAAACAAAUAAAUUAAUCACAACAACUAUAGAGUAUGCAGUAAAGCAGUUCUAUAUGAUGAAUAGAAAACCAUUCAUCUUACAAAUGUUUGGAAGUGUCUCGGCUAUUUUGGACACUGAUGAAGAUGGUGCUUUUGGUGAGGCGUCGAAAGUUCAGUCUAGCUGCCUUUUUAAUCUCCUUAUGAGCUUGGAAACUCCUUCACCUGAUCCUUUAAAUAUUGCUGAAUUGGUCAAGGAACCAAAACCUUUAAAAGCUAUUGACUUUUGUUAUCAUGAUGAAGAUGAAAUGGUUACAGUCUUGGAUUGUAUUACAUUAUGUGUCAUGACUGUCUCUUAUUCUGCUGAGAGCUUAAGGGGAUAUCAAAUGCUGAUAAUAUUGGAAGCGAUUCUACCCUGCUACAUGCAACAAAUCCAGUCACCAAACUACUUCAACAAUACCUACAUAUCACUUGAAGGAAAAUGUGAACGGGACAUCAUCAUGCAACUGGCAAUUACAAUUAGAACAAUGGUACAUAAUUGUGAAGGACUCUCGAAAAGCUAUAAUGGUCCGUACCGUAACAGUCCCGAGCACAAAGGUUCUUCUCAAAGAAAUCAAUCUCGUGGACCACCUCCAUCGCCUGGAUUUGAUUUUGAAGAGGAAUCACAUUCAAAAUAUGUUAGUGACAUGGGAAGAAGUGGAAAGAACUUACCAGAAAUGGCUGAAGAUUCUGAACUUGUUAGGACUGAGUAUCGUCGUGCAAGAGAUGUUCUUUUGUCACUAGUUGGAGAAUUUUUAAACAGAGCAACGACAAGAUUACAGGAAUUAUCUAGAAAGCCUGGUGCUGAUUCUAAGUAUGUUGAGCUUCUUGAUGCUAAAUGUCAUAUCCGAUUAGCUGACAUUGCACAUUCAUUACUAAAAGUAUCACCAUAUGAUCCUGAUUCUAUGGCAUGUCGAGGACUUCAGAGAUAUAUGACUUAUAUCCUUCCUCGUGCUGACUGGGGAGAUGAGAAGAUGAAAGCAGCACUAGUAACAAUUUUGAGGAGACUAGACAAAGUUUUCUUGAAGAUUUCAAAGAAACCAUCAAUCAGACGUAACACAGAUUGGGAAGCAGCUGCUGGAUUAUUAAAAGGAAUCCACGAAACAAUUGUUAGAUGUCCUUUUGUUCUUCAUUGGCAGCAAAUGCGUUCACUUCUUUUAACUGUUCAAAAUUUGAUUAUUAAUGAGGCGUCAACUGAGAAUGUAUCAAGUGCUAGUGCAGCUUUAAUGAGUCAAAGUCCACCAGCAUUUUUCUGUUCAACAGUUGUUCGACUAAUUGCCUUACAACUUGUAAGUCCAGUUGAUUGUUUCACUUUGGAACAAGUUUGUGGUGGAACAGCUGAAUUUGCAACACAAGAAAAAGCAGAAGGAUUUUUGAUGCACCUGUUGAUGCCUUUAUGCUUGAAAAUAUGUUCUGGUAGAGGAGUUUCAGAAGUAGGAGAACUGAGAGACCAGGACAUCUCAUUUUUAGUCACAGUAAUUUUAAACUCAAUGAGCCCACCAUCGGGACGUACAGCACAGUCUGGAAUUUCAACAAAUCGUGUUGUUAGUGAAAUAAGAGGUGGUUCAUUGACAUUUACUGGAUCUAGGGAUGCUAAGAGACCAGCAAAAAUAUCAGGCACACUUUAUCAAGCAGCCUUUUUAGCAUUAAAGGUACUUUGUGUAUGCUUUGAGUCUCGCUUGUCGCCUGAGUGGCCAAAAGUAGCUAGAAUUAUGAGAGAUUUGGGAAGAAGAAAUGAAGCAGCACCAGAACUAUGGAGCUUUUUAGAAUUUGUAGUAACACAUCGAACACCACUUUAUAUAAUUUUGAUGCCAUUUAUAUUACAUAAAAUAGCACAGCCACCAAUUGGUGACCAUGAGCGUCACAUGCAGUUCUUAAUUCGUGAAAGAUUGAGAGGUUUGGCACCGCCGGGAGGGAUUAAAUCUCGUGGAUGCUUACUCCUUGAAUUAGCACGAGAACUAAAAGAUUUACGUGAUGAAUUGGAAGAGAGACGAAUUGAUAAGGAAAAUACAGCUAGUUCAGAACCAACAAAGAAGGAAUCAUCGACAGUUACUGUUCAACCACUCGAGCCAGUAUCCAAAUCUCAGCAACGACCAUCAUUGAUUUCAAUCUUGACAGGUGCUGGUAAUCAACAUGCUUCCCAAUUCUCAAUGCAACAAGAUUCAAGAUGUGGAACUGGAUUUCAUACACCAAGUGACACAUUGUCACAACAAACUUUACAUCCACCACGAGAGUCACUUUCAAGUUCGUCAACAACAACUAAUCGAGAACCGGGAGUUACGAGUGAUACAAUUAGUGCUGAUGGAACCCAUGGAACUUGUCAAACAAUCAUUUCACGAGCAUCAAGUAUUAGACGCACAAGUCGUUUUAAUUCCCCAAAUAUGUCAGGAAGUGUUCCACAUUUAUCACAUUCACAUUCUAUGCAUCAUCAUCAUUCAUUAAAAAUUCAGCCACCAAAAUUAAGGUUUGUAUCGUCAGUUGAGUUUAGAGAUCCAGCAGGUGAGACAAGUACAACUCCAUUGUCCCCAGAUAGUCCAGCUGAUGACAGUUCAGGCGAAACUCAGAAGCAUCGAUUACAAAGAUCGAAAGGUCAGUCACGUAAAACAUUUAGAUACAAGCGAGGUCGUUUAAAUCAACUGGAUGCACCAAACCUUAUAACUCCACCAUCAUCAGCUCCACCAACUCACACACAAACGACUAUUCAAGUAAGUGCUACGACUCCAACAAAUUCACCACAUUCACACUUCCAUUUGCCACCCCUUGAACCUAUGGAUAAUAAUGGACGUAAUAAUGAUACUGACGUUCCACAUUCAUGGGAUUCUGUCUCACAGACAUCAUCAACAUCUGGGUAUAGAGAUAAUUAUAGCUUCCAAACAGGAUUAUUAUCCCCAGAUGGAUCAUUAAACUUCAAUGAAUUAGCAUUGGAACGAGGCGGUGUCUCAAUUCCACGAUCAUCAUCACAAAAUUCAUUAUUGAUGCUGUUUGAAGCACAAGACGAAGAAGAUACGUUGAUAUAAGAUUAAAUGAAAUAAUAAUAAUAAUUAAUUAACAAAAAAAAACGCAUAAAACUUAUCAGUAUUUGAUGUUAGAUGCCAAAUGAAGAUGAAAAAUGUUGACAGUAUUUUAAUUUUUAUGUGACAUAUUUACAUACUCUCCAGUUCUACACGUUUUAAAAUAUUAUGAAAACAAUUUAUUUAUCUACAAUCUUUACGUGAAAAACAAUAUUUAAUCAAUAAUAUACAGUAGGGUUGGGUGUAGGUUUGAUGAAAGUUUUGAGAAUGAUUUGGAUAGAGCAAGUUUUUUUAUGAAUUUGAUUCGGAUUUUGUAUGGAAAAGUCAACUCAAGUCGACUAGAUUUGAUAAAAUGUUUGAGUCAAGUUCAAGCUCAGUUGAAAAUCAUACCUUACGAUUAUAAUACAAAACAAAGUUGAGCAAUAUCAAAUUAGAUUAUUUAACCUAGUGUUAGAUCUGGUUUCCUAGCUUCUAAUCUAAAUUUCAAAAAGGUUUAAAACUAGAUUUUUUUUAAAGAAUAGUUUUUAAAAUGAGCUUUAAAAAGCUAAGACAUUUCAAAGCCUAGCAAUUCAUUUUAAUAGUUCAGGACGAUGAUAUAAUUCCUAAGCGCUACAACCUUCUGAUUCUCGAUCACCAGAAAGGACCAGGUUUUUGAAAAUCGUUUCUUUAAUCUUCACAUUAACUCCUUUAUCAAAGAUAUCGGUUCUCAAACUUUGUGGCUGAGUUGAUCUAACCUGAUAAAAAAUCUCAAAAAUUUCUUCAAACCUACUCAACUUUAAUUUAAUCUUUUAAACUUUACAAUGAACUUUUUUUUUGGAAAGAUGCAAAGAAAGCAACAAAAGAAAUAAUUUUUUGAGCGAAUGAGACUUAUUUUAUUUAUUGAGAUGCAUUUUAUUGAAACGCUUUUAUUCUGAUGAUAUAUCUAUGUCUUACAUAUUGACGUGUAUUAUUCUUGAGAAAUGAAAUAAUAUUUAGUAUUUUAGGGAUGAUAAAGGCUUAUGAGAGUUACACAAUAAGAUGUUGUAUUUUGUAGAAUGUUGAUGUUAAUUGUUAGACAUAAAGUUGAUAAUAUUAUUGAUUUGAAAAUUAGAAUGAGAUUUAGGUUUGGGUUAUGAGUCAUGUGUUUUGGGAGAUUUUUCGAAGGGGAUUAGGAUUUUUGUUGGCAUAUAAGAAGUGGAUGAGAACAAUUGAAGUAAAUUUGAACGAAAUUACGAUCUAGAGUAGGUUUUAAUCUGCCACAAUUAAGUUUCUAAUCUUCCCAAAAAGUCUUUCAACUUAUGAACAAAGAAGUUGAGAGUUAGAAAAGUUGAAUUAUUAAAUAAAUUACGAGGAAGGAACAUAUUUUGUAAUAGUAUUAACAAGAAUAUGAAAGAUUGAUGUUAUUUAUCAUACGUAACAGACUAACAUAACAUAAUUAUUGAGUAUUUUUAAAAGUCAAAAGAGAUUCAUAAAGUUGAGGACAUUAUGAAUAGAAUCCAAAGAGUUUCCAAAACUUUUUAAAAAGUAUUUUAAAAUUUAAAUGAGAUUGGAAAGAGAAAGUGGAUAAAACAUUUGAGAAGCAACAUAAAAAUGCCUACAAAUUUUGCUGACAAUUAACAAUUUUUAAACAAGUUUAUUGUUGUGUGUUGUUAAACUAGAAGUUUUAGAGUCAUUAAAUGAUAAAAAGAAACAUAAUUAAUGUUAACAUUAAAAAGUAACAGAUUAGAUUUGUUUUAGGUGAAAUUGAGAAAGGAAGAAAAUUUGUAGAUGAGAAUUAUUAAAAGAGAACACUUGAUUAAGUACGAAAAUUAGAGAUAUAUUUUUGAUGGAUUUAUGAAACACGUUCAUCAAGAUGUUUUUUGAAAAUUGGAUGCAAUUUUCCUUUAUUAACUGAUUUACUUUUUAAUGCAAAAUUUAACAGUAUUUUAUUUUACAAUGAAAUGCCAUUUAUGAAAACUUUUAUGCCAAACAUUUAGAUUCAUGUUGAUGCCAAACGAAUGUUUAGU